AUGCCUACUCAUAGUCCCCUGACCCGCAUACAUCUCGUUCUGUGCAACCCCAUUUUCCUUCCUGCCUUGCGGCCACAUCCUCAAAGUGCUUCUCUGCUGGCCAGUCAGGCGCCGGUACCACAAACGCCAUGGCGUCUUCGGUACUCUCGACCGCUCAACUUUGGACAUCCGUUUCGUCUACGACUUCCGCUGCCUUCUUGA